CAGCUCCCGUAGGACCCGCCCCUCGCGGUUGCUGCUGGGCGAGGAGCCGGGACGCGUUCCGGCAACCGGCACCGACCAGCUCUAGCCAUGGCUUCGGUCCCUGCGGAGGCCGAGACCCGCCAGAGGCUGCUGCGAACCGUGAAGAAGGAGGUGAAACAGAUCAUGGAGGAGGCCGUUACCCGAAAGUUUGUCCACGAGGACAGCAGCCACAUCAUCUCCUUCUGUGCGGCAGUGGAGGCCUGUGUGCUGCACGGGCUGAGGCGGAGGGCCGCUGGCUUCCUACGAAGCAACAAGAUUGCCGCUCUCUUCAUGAAGGUGGGCAAAGGCUUCCCUCCAGCUGAAGAGCUGAGUCGCAAAGUGCAGGAUCUGGAGCAACUCAUCGAGAGCGCGCGAAAUCAGAUCCAGGGCCUGCAGGAGAACGUUCGGAAGCUGCCGAAGCUGCCCAACCUGUCCCCACUGGCCAUCAAGCACCUGUGGAUCCGCACCGCCCUGUUUGAGAGGGUCCUGGACAAAAUAGUCCACUAUCUGGUGGAAAACAGCAGUAAAUAUUAUGAGAAGGAGGCUCUCUUGAUGGACCCUGUGGACGGCCCCAUCCUUGCAUCUUUGUUGGUGGGGCCCUGUGCCCUGGAGUAUACCAAGAUGAAGACUGCUGACCACUUCUGGACCGACCCCUCAGCCGAUGAGCUGGUCCAGAGACACCGAAUCCACAGCUCACAUCUGAGACAGGACUCGCCCACCAAGCGGCCAGCACUCUGUAUCCAGAAGAGGCAUUCGAGUGGCAGCAUGGAUGACCGGCCAUCCAUCUCUGCCCGGGACUAUGUAGAAUCCCUGCAUCAGAACUCCAGGGCCACCCUGCUCUAUGGCAAGAACAAUGUCCUGGUUCAGCCAAGAGAUGACAUGGAGGCUGUGCCAGGGUACCUGUCUCUGCACCAGACAGCUGAUGUUAUGACCCUGAAGUGGACACCCAACCAGCUGAUGAACGGGUCCAUGGGGGACCUCGACUAUGAGAAGAGCGUCUACUGGGAUUACGCUGUGACCAUCCGCUUAGAGGAAAUCGUUUACCUGCACUGUCACCAGCAAGUGGACAGCGGUGGGACUGUCGUGCUGGUGAGUCAGGACGGGAUCCAGAGGCCACCCUUCCGCUUCCCCAAAGGUGGGCACCUGUUACAAUUCCUCUCGUGCCUGGAGAAUGGGCUUCUUCCGCACGGGCAGCUGGACCCACCGCUUUGGUCACAGCGAGGAAAGGGGAAGGUAUUUCCUAAGCUACGCAAGCGGAGCCCACAGGGAUCCUCAGAGUCCACAUCUUCCGAUAAAGAGGAUGACGAAGCCACGGAUUAUGUAUUCCGCAUUAUCUACCCUGGCAUGCAGUCCGAAUUCGUGCCCCAGGACCUGAUGGAUGUCUCCGUGAACAACCUUCCAUCGCUAUGGCAACCCAGUCCUCGGAAGUCUUCCUGCUCUUCUUGUUCACAAAGCGGCUCGGCUGAUGGCAGCUCAACCAAUGGCUGCAACCAUGAGAGGGCUCCGCUGAAACUGCUCUGUGAUAACAUGAAGUACCAGAUCCUUUCCAGGGCCUUCUAUGGAUGGCUCGCCUACUGCAGACACCUGUCCACCGUGAGGACCCACCUGUCGGCCCUGGUCAAUCACAUGAUAGUGUCUCCAGACCUGCCCUGUGACGCUGGGCAAGGGUUGACAGCCAGCAUCUGGGAGCAGUACAUCCAAGACAGCACGACUUACCCUGAGCAGGAGCUACUGCGGCUCAUCUACUACGGGGGUGUCCAGCCUGAGAUCCGCAGGGCUGUUUGGCCCUUCCUCCUGGGCCACUACCAGUUUGGGAUGACGGAGCUGGAGAGGAAGGAGGUGGAUGAGCAGAUCCAUGCCUGCUAUGCACAAACCAUGUCGGAGUGGCUGGGCUGUGAGGCCAUCGUGAGACAGAGGGAGCGGGAGUCCCAUGCUGCUGCCCUGGCCAAGUGCUCUUCGGGGGCCAGCCUGGAUAGCCAUCUUCACCGGAUGCUGCACCGGGACUCUACCAUCAGCAACGAGUCCUCCCAGAGCUGCAGCUCAGGACGCCAGAAUCUCAGAUUGCAGAGCGACUCCAGCAGCAGCACACAGGUGUUUGAGUCUGUGGAUGAGGUGGAACAGACAGAGGUAGAGGGCAGGUCAGAGGAGAAACAACCCAAAAUCCCCAAUGGGAACCCGGCAAAUGGCACUUGCUCUCCAGACUCCGGACACCCAUCUUCCCACAACUUCUCCUCCGGCCUCUCGGAGCACUCGGAGCCCAGUCUCAGCACCGAGGACAGUGUCUUAGAUGCCCAGCGCAGCCUCCCCGCUGUGUUCCGACCUGGGGAUAGCAGUGUGGAAGAUGGGCAGAGCAGCGAAGCCACCACUUCCCGGGACGAGGCCCCUCGGGAGGAGCUGGCAGUGCAAGACAGCCUUGAGAGUGACCUUCUUGCCAACGAGAGCAUGGAGGAGUUCAUGUCCAUCCCUGGCAGCCUGGACGUGGUCCUGCCUGAGAAGGAUGGUGCCAUGAUGGAGGGCUGGCCUAGCGAGGCGGACAAGCAUGGCCAGGCUGACAGUGAGGACAACCUCUCCGAGGAGCCUGAGAUGGAGAGCCUCUUCCCUGCCCUGGCUUCUCUGGCUGUGACCUCCUCUGCCAACAACGAGGCAUCACCUGUGUCUUCCAGCGGUGUUACCUACUCUCCGGAGCUACUGGAUCUGUACACAGUGAACCUCCACCGCAUCGAGAAAGACGUGCAGAGGUGUGACCGCAGCUACUGGUACUUCACGGCUGCCAACCUGGAGAAGCUGAGAAACAUCAUGUGCAGCUACAUCUGGCAGCACAUUGAGAUUGGCUACGUCCAGGGCAUGUGUGACCUUCUGGCCCCGCUGUUGGUCAUCCUGGAUGAUGAGGCCCUAGCCUUCAGCUGCUUCACGGAACUCAUGAAGAGGAUGAACCAGAACUUCCCCCACGGAGGUGCCAUGGACACCCACUUUGCCAACAUGAGGUCCCUAAUCCAGAUCCUGGACUCGGAGCUCUUCGAGUUGAUGCAUCAGAAUGGGGACUACACCCACUUCUACUUCUGCUACCGCUGGUUCCUGCUGGAUUUCAAACGAGAACUGGUCUAUGAUGACGUCUUCUCCGUGUGGGAGACCAUCUGGGCAGCUAAGCACGUGUCCUCCGCCCACUAUGUGCUGUUCAUCGCGCUGGCUCUGGUGGAGGUCUACCGAGACAUCAUCCUGGAGAACAACAUGGACUUCACAGACAUCAUCAAGUUCUUCAACGAAAUGGCUGAGCGGCACAACGCCAAGCAGAUCCUGCAGCUGGCUCGGGACCUUGUUCACAAAGUGCAGAUUCUGAUCGAGAACAAGUGAAGGCUGCAACAGCCAGGCCAGGCAUCCCUGCUGUCAUCCGCCCCUUCCCUCCUGCAGCCCAGCACGAGGUCCCGGUGCCUGUGGACCAGUGUGGACUUCUGUGUGGAGAGCCAUACUCUUGACCUUGGCCAUUGGGCAGUGGGGUAGAGAAGAGCCCAGCUGAGCCUUAUGUUUUCCUGUUUGACCAAAGAUUGCCCAAGACUGGGAUUUCCCUCUCUUGGGAGCUGGGGUUGUGAGUAAGUAGAGGUGGCCUCUGGGCCUGCUGUUCCUCUUCUUUUCCCUUGUUCCUUCCUUGUCUGUACAGGAGAGGCCUCUAGGUCUUUCUUCCCCUGCACCUGGCAAGGAAGGGCCUCUGGAGGUGUUCCAGAAUAUUCCUGCCAGGCUGGCUUGGAGCAGGGUUUCCUUUGGGCAUUACUCACAUUUGAAGUCCUAGAUGUCUCUGAGCAUCACCCCUGCCUUCGAACCACCGGGUGUCACCUGUACCAUCUCCCAAGGUGACCCAAAUGUCUCUGUGCAGCAGUGUGUGCCCCACCAGAACCGCUGGCUUGAAGGAGGGGCUACCAGCGUAUCCCUGUCUGUUCUCUUCAUGCUGAGUCACCCGAGGUCUGUUUCAUUGCCCGUCAGAGGCACACAGCUUGCCACAGCCCUGCUGGAGUGUUUUCUGACUUUUCUCUGCCCGCUGCCAGGAGACUCUUUUUAGGAAGGCAUCCUGUGAGUGCCCUGGGGAUUGGAGAAGUGUUUGUAGGUGGGUGGUAGGAGCUCCUUACUACCCUUACUGCCCUCUUUUAGGGGAGACCUCACAGCCAUGACCUGUGGGCCUGGGCUCUUGUGGAAGCCUGCAGGUGUGUGUGUUUGGUGUGUGUGUGUGUGUGUGUGUGUGUGUGUGUGUGUGUGUGCGCGCGCACGUGUGUGUUACCUGCUCAGGUAAACUAUCUCUUCUCUAAGCACUUUGUUCACUAGGGGUUAGCCCAAGGCAAGAUUGGUCUGUGUUCCAUGAUGGUGAGCUGGGGCCAGGUGUGGGCCUGAAAAUGAUUCCUCUACAUCUUCAUGCUGAGACCUGCCACUCCACACACUGACUCUGAGCUUUUGUAUCUGCUCACUGUCCCUCAGUAGAGUGGUCUGCGGUACAGCAGACAUCAAGCAUCAUAGUAGAAGCUUAUUCCCAGGACCUGCAACCUUUGGGGCCAUCAAGGAAUGGCAAGUAGGGUUUCAUAGAGAGGGGGUGUGAAACAUCUCCAGAGGGCACCUGCAGCCUUGAGUCCUACUCUGCAGGCUUGUGACAUCCUCCUUCCCUCUGUCACACCUCCUGAGUCAGAACCUCUGCCCUCCACUCAGUGGGCAGGGUGGACAGAGAGAGCCCUCACUGGAUCUCCAGGGACAGCCAGCCCCAUUUGUGCUGGGGCCGCAGGGAGGGAGGGGACCUGAUGUCCAUGGUUGCCUCCUAGCCAGAGCCCCCAGGUUCCCAAGAUGGGAGAAGAAAGGACCAUCAGACAAAAGUUUAUUUUGCAGCAGGGCUCCUGGCACAAAGGUAGUAUUUUAGCACAGCCAGGUCCAGCCCUCUUGACCCUUAUUUAUUUUUGUAACUGACCAGUGUGAAGUAUAGCACAAGAUCUCCCUCCACCCCCUCGUGCCUCCCGAGCACGUGCUUGUGGUUCGAGUGCCUCGUAUUUAUUCCACUUACCAGCUGAUGUCUGUGUGUCGUGUUUUCUCCUGUCCUGGAAUUGGGUGUUAGGGGGGUGGUCCCCCUGCCCAGGGAGUUCUCUUUUUAGUGUUGCCCAAGUGUCUUGUGUCUCCUGAAGAGGUGGUUCUAUUCAGAGAAAAUAUAACUGAGUGGAAAACCUAA